AUGCUUUCUCGCCAGCUGGCCUCGGCCUGUAAACAGGGCAGUCUAUGGAGAAGAAAUAUUUGGAUCGUUCCUCGUUGGAGCUUCCGGACUGUUUCGUCCCUGCCCAGCUCUAGAUUUUUUCGUGCUCUCCAGCAGCAUGACCCUCUGUCUUCAGCAGUAGUGCACAGCAAGUCCGGACGGUCCUUUGACUAUGGGAAUUUAGUUGGAGAUGUGGUUCGCUCCAAGGGGCUGUUGCUUGACCGACAACCGGUGCUAGCGGGUCAGAGAAUUGCAUUUCUGGCCGAGAAUAGCUAUGACUACGUGGUGAUGCUUUUCUCUAUCCUGGCCGCAGAUGCCAUCGCCGUGCCGCUCUCGCCUGCUUUUCCUGUUGCUGAGCUCAAGUAUAUUCUGAAUCAUUCAGAGGCCUCGACAGUACUUGCAACAGAAAGAUACGCAGACAAAGCACGAUCACUCGUUGAAGACAGUCUUGAAUCUGGUGUUGUGGUUGAUAUACGACCUAAGAUUACACAGGGAUCGUCUCAUUAUCAGUCUAUCACACUCGAUAAAUUGCAAUCACCGCGAGGAGGUCUUAUGCUAUAUACCUCUGGCACUACGAAUCGUCCGAAAGGUGUACUUCUCCCGCUCUCGGCAUUGGAAGCACAAGCCCAGUCCUUGAUCGAGGCAUGGCAGUAUUCCGCGCAAGACCGGCUGCUGCAUAUGCUUCCACUUCAUCAUAUUCACGGCACUGUUAAUGCGCUGAUCACGCCUGUGCUCGCCGGCUCGUCGAUAGAGUUUUUGUAUCCAUUCAACCCAGACACAGUCUGGCGCCGACUUGCGGCUCCUUUUCUGGAGACGCAAACAAACUCCAAAAACAAAAUUACCUUCUUGACCGCUGUGCCAACUCUCUGGACCCGACUGAUGGAGACAUUUUCUGACCUGUCCCCCCAAGUCCAGUCUGCUGCCCAGCAAGCAAUAUCAUCGGAUAACCUACGAUUGAAUAUCUCUGGAUCCGCGGCGCUCCCAACCCCGACGAAGCAAGCGUGGACGGAACUGAGUCGCGGCAAUGUCCUUUUGGAGCGGUAUGGCAUGACCGAAGUCGGCAUGGCCAUCAGCUGCGGCUUGGACCCGGUCGAUCGUGUAGACGGCAGUGUUGGGUGGCCGUUACCAUCAGUCGAAGCCCGGCUCUGGGAUGCCGAUAGGAAUGAAAUCAUACAGCCUGGAGAAGAGCUCGACGAAACCGGCCGUGAACGAGUUGGCGAGAUUCAACUGCGCGGACCGACCAUCUUCUCCGAGUACUUUCGCAACCAGAAGGCUACGGCCGAGUCUUUUACUGACGACGACGAUGGCAAGGGUCCCUGGUUCCGAACGGGCGACGUCACCGUGCGAAGAGAAGUUCCUGGCGCUGGCAACGGCGCCAGUGGCAGCUGGGCCAAGGGGCCCCUGUAUUUCAUUCAGGGCCGUCUCAGUGUGGACAUAAUCAAGACGGGUGGCGAAAAAGUGAGCGCGCUCGAGGUUGAACGAGAAUUGCUUUCAUUACCCGAGAUCAGCGAAGCUGCAGUUGUUGGCCUCCCCUCGGAGCGAUGGGGACAAAAAGUCGGCGCCGUGGUGGUGCUAAAAAAGACUAUUACUACAAAGCGCGCAGGCAAGCCAUGGGGAGCCAUGGAUAUACGACGAGCAUUGAAGGACCGGCUCGCAAUUUACAAGCUUCCACAGGAGGUCAAGAUCUUGUCUGAGCCGAUCCCGCGAAACGCAAUGGGCAAGGUGAAUAAGAAGCAGCUUGUAAAGGAGGUAUUUAGCACGAAUGACUGA